AUGGACUGCCUCGAGAGACACGAGCAGCAGGCCUACAGACGUGACCGCAACCGUCGGACCUGUGGCUCUUGCAGUCAGCUGUAUCCUACAAGAAAUACCCUUUUUCAGCACCUUAAGAAGGGUAGUUGCUUUCAAAAGGACCCUUGGGGGGUUGAUCCGACCCAUCGCACGUAUUGGAAAUACGGGUCUUUUCAACCCUUCCAACAACAGCUGCAACAGCCACUUUCCUUUCCUCCUUCCUUUAAUCAUUGGAUUCAUCAUCCGGACCGUCCUAUCCGUCGAAGACGACCUGGCCCUGAUCAUAUUAGCCCAGGCCUGCGAGAAUACGAUCAGUGGUCGGUCGCUAGCUUCCACGGUCCCCGGCCUAGCCGACCUGACCCUGAUCGUAUUAGCCUAGGCUCGCGAGAAUACGAUCAACGGUCAGUCGCUAGCUUCAGGAGUUACCGGUCUAGCCAACCUGAUAUUGAUCGUAUUAGCCUAGGCUCGCGAGAAUACGAUCAACAGUCAGUUGCUAGCUUCGAGGACUACGGACCUUACGGUCCCGACGUUGAUCGCGAUAACCGUGGCGGUAAGGAAGGCGAUCAGCAGUCGGUUGAUAGCUUCGAAGGCUACAGACCUAAUGGUCCCGGCGUUGAUUGUGAUAGCCGUGAUCCUUACGGAUACGAUCAACAGUUGGUUGAUAGCUUCGAAGGCUACAGACCUGACGGUCCCGAUAUUGAUCGUAAUAACCAUGACAACGGAGAAUAUGAUCAACAGUCGGUUGAUAGCUUCGAAGGCUACGGACCUGACAGUCCUGAUGUUGAUCGCGAUAACGGUGUUGAUGAGGAAUCCGAUCAACAGUCAGUUGCUAGCUUCAAAGGCUACAGACCUGAUGGUCCCGAUAUUGAUCGCGAUAGCCGUCAGCCACACGAAUACGAUCAACAGUCGGUUGAUAACUUCGAAGGCUACGGACCUGAAGGUCCUGACGUUGAUCGUGACGGCCGAGAUCAACAGGAAUACGAUCAAGGCUCCGUUGCCGACUUCGAAGUUGACCGGUCUGACGAACCUAGCGUUGAUCGCAACAGCCGCGAUCCGCGAGAAUACGAUCAGACCUGUGUCAGCGUAUUCGAAGGCUUCGGACCUGACGGACCUGACCCUGAUUGUGAUAGCCGAGAUCCCCGGGAAUACGAUCAAGGCCCUGUCGCUAGCUUCGAAAGCCACGGGCCUGACCGACCCGGCGUUGAUCGCGAUAACUGUCAUCCACAGGGAUACGAUCAAGGCUCCGUUGCUGACAUCAAUCUGGCUGAGUGGUAUAGCAGGAUAAAGGAAGAAUACUCUUGGCUGUUCGAAAGCCAAGAGCCUCGAGGAUACGAUCGAGAUCCUGUUCCUAGCUUCGAAGGCUACGAGGCUGAAGGACCUGACUUCGAUCGUGCCAGCCGAGACGGGCCAGAAUACGAUCGAAGCCGGGUCAACAGCUUCGAGGGCUACGAGGCUGAAGGACCUGACUUUGAUCGUGCCAGCCGAGACUGGCCAGAAUAUGAUCGAAGCCGGGUCAACAGCUUCGAGGGCUACGGACCUGACGGUCCUGACUUUGAUCGCGAUAGCCAA